AUGUCGCAUCCACGAGUGGAGGAAGUCGAAGACUCUGACCCCGAGAUUGACGACCCCACUGAAUUUCUUCCAGAUUCCGACACUCACAUCAUACGUCCUGCAGCCCAACCUUCACAAGCGGCUUCUUCGAAACCCGCCCCCCAGAAACCCUCCGGAGGACCUAACCGUACAUUAUUUCGCCCACCUCCGCCAGGACAGCCCAUAUCACAACAAAAGGCCCGCGAAAAUGUCAAGACCUAUCAGACCAUUUACCCCAUCUACUUUGACAGUUCACGCACCCGAGCCCAAGGCCGGCGCGUGAGUUCGAAACUAGCUAGUCCUAACCCCCUAGCAUACAAUCUCCUUGCGGCUGCUCAGGAUGCCUUUGGAGAUUCCAACCUGCCGAUGGCGUUUGAGCCAGACAAGACACACCCGAAGGAUUGGGCGAACCCGGGCAGAGUGAGAAUACAGCUCUACGACAAAGAGACGCGGGAACCACUGCAUUCACAUAUUAAGAACAAGGCACAUCUGUAUAUUCGUAUGGCAAAGUGGUUGAAAGAAAACCCCACCGAGCCAGAUGACCCUCUACAGUUAAAGAUCCAAGGGCUACCAGUGCCGGAAAACUUCACAAAGACAGAAGUUCCAAAGCCGAGAGGCUGGAAGAUAGGAUCGAUAUUACCUGUGCAUUCUGCAGCUGUCAGUGGUGGUGGUGUCAAAGAUGAUUUCUUCAAGGAGGCGAUGGAAGAGCUCCGCCAGGCGCAGAGCUCGGGCCAACUACCAGCUGGUAUGCCUGGGGGUGGGGGAGGAAUGCCUGACAUGAAUGCACUUCAGAGUAUGAUGGGUGGCAUGGGAGGCAUGGGAGGCAUGGGAGGCAUGGGUGGAAUAGGAGGAGCUGGUGGUGAUUCUGGGACUGGUGGAGCAGCAAAGAAGAAAAAGGACAAGAAGAAGGGUUAA